UUGGGGUGUUUGAAAAGGGGUUGGGAGCGAGGAAGAGAGAGAGACGGUUAUACAUUGAGAGACAAGAAGACGAGAGACUGGUCACGCAUAUAAAGGCCAACGAGUGUGAUAGUGUAAUAAUCCUUCCCGAGGGGCUGAACCUUGUAUUACAGAGACACUCACUAUCUCGAAUUCCGGUGCGACCAAGUAUCGAUACAACUAUGGUUCAUGAACAAUGGCGCAGUCAACUGGAUUACCUCAUCACCAUUUUGGGAUUCGGCGUUGGGUCGGGGGCAUUCGUAAAGUUCCCUUUCUACUGCAUGCGAAAUGGGGGAGGAGCGUUCCUGAUACUGUUCAUGUUCUUCACAAUAAUUGGAACCAUCCCCUGCGUAUUUCUGGAAAUGACCAUCGGGCAGUUCUCUCAGAGUGGACCCAUUAAAGUCUGGAAUAUCUGUCCUGCUUUCAAAGGUAUAGGCAUUGGCGGUGUUGUUGUUGCGUGGAUAUUCGUUAGCUACUACAACGUCAACUUUACAUGGUUUAUGUACUACUUCUACAACUCCUUCUUCCACAACCUGCCCUGGGACCACUGCGACAACGCAUGGAACACCCCGUCAUGCAUACACAACAAGAACGUGUCAGUUGUGUCUAAUGAUUCAACGUCUAAUACAACAGACGCUAGAUACUCCAUCAACGGAACAGUCCGAGGGAUGACAGCUGCCGAAGAAUUCUGGAAAUUACAGAUGCUGGGACAGAGUGAUGGCCUUGAAAGUCUUGGAGGUCUAAGAUGGCAUCUUGUUGCAUGUCUGGCCGUCACCACAGUGCUCUUAUUUCUUUGGAUAUUUCAAGGAAUAAAAGUGUCAGGGAAGCUUGUCUACAUCACAGUGGGUGUCCCCUACAUCCUCAUCUUGGUCUUCCUCAUCCGGGGCUGUCUACUUCCGGGGUCAGCGGAAGGCAUAUACUACUACGUCUAUCCCAAGUUUGACAAGCUUACAGACCCUACAGUGUGGAUUCAGUCAUGUAGCUACGCCCUGUAUUCCAUGGGUAUAUCCAUGGGGUGCAUCGUCACUAUGUCUGGACACAACAGAAUGGACAACAACUGCUUCAGGGAUGCAAUAAUAAUUAGUCUGAUUGAUUCACUCUCCAACGUCUUCUUCGGCUUCGCUUUCUUCUCAAUCGUUGGCCACGUGGCCUUCCAACGUGGAGUAACUGUGGAAGCGUUUCAAUCAUCUGGGUUUGACCUUGCCUUUAUCGUCUACCCUGAGAUCGUGUCUGCUCUCCCUCUGUCCCAGCUAUGGUCUGUGCUGACCUUUUGUACUUUGCUGUCGUUGGCUAUCGAUUCUAUGGUACCAUGUGUUGAAAUAGUCAUCGCUGCCUUGGAGGAUAUGUUUCCGCGGUUAAUGAAGCGACACUGGCUCACCAUCGGUGCUGUGCUCCUCAGUCUCUUCCUGUUUGGUCUGAUAUAUACGUCACAGGGUGGGAUAUUCGUGGUGACGCUGGUUGACUGGUACACCUACUUCCCAUCAAUGGCCGUGUUGGGCAUCCUGGAGUGCAUCGCUGUUGGCUGGUGUUAUGGAACAAAGAGGUUUCAGGAUGACGUCCGUGCGAUGUGGGGAAAGGCAAUACCACAAGUCAUGGUCAUAAGUCUCAAGUUUGUGUGUCCUCUAUUUCUAGUUGUGAUCUGCUGCUACUCCCUGUACUCCUACCGACCUCCUCAGUACCAUGACUACAUCUACCCCACCUGGGCAACAGCUGUUGGAUGGCUCAUAUCCUUUUCGUCACUCCUGCCUUUACCGACUGUCUUCAUCUGGACGGUUUACAACACACAAGGGGCAACGCUGAAAGAGAAAAUGAAGAAAAGUUUUGAACCGAAUGAAUAUUGGAGUCGAUCGCCGCCAGAGGAAGAAUUCACUGAAGUUUUACAACCAAUGGUAGAACGUGAGAACAACCCCGUCUAAUGGACAAGGAUCCCGUAAUCAACAGCUUGUUCUUGGUACAACUAAAACAUGAUCCCCAUUUUAGAAAGCUCUGUCUACAUACACCAUGUUUGCUCCCGAGCCAUGUGCCUCCUGGGCCAAAUGUGCCUCUUGAAAUAAAGGGAAAUAGCGAUAGUUACAUGAUUCAUAAAGAAGUUCAGGUAUUCAGAUCUGGCCAUGGACACAUACAGAUGACGUUUCAGAAUACAACAAAGAGAG